UGCCGAUACUCGAACUUUAAUCUCAUUCAAUCGCAGCGGCGUUUUCUUUUCUGCAUUGAGCUUUCAAUGGAUCUCCGAAAAUUGAUCACCAACCAAACCGAUGUCUCUUUAGUACUAUCGAAGAGCUUAUUGUUGACGGAAGCGAAGGAAUCCAAUCUUGUAUUCUCUCCCUUGUCGGUCCAUGUCGUUCUGAGUUUGAUCGCUGCAGGUUCCAAGGGUCCAACCCUAGACCAGUUGCUUUCCUUUCUCAAGACGAAAAGUAAUGGAGAUCUCAACUCGUUUGCCUCUGAGAUUAUCGGUUUAGUCUUUGCCGACGGAAGCCAGAGCGACGGGCCGCGUUUGUGCUUUGCGAAUGGUGUCUGGAUUGACAAGUCUCUCCCUAUGAAACCCUAUUUUAAAGAGAUUGUUGACGACGUUUACAAGGCAAAAUCGAUGCAAGUUGAUUUCAAGACCAAGGCUGUUGAAGUGGUGAAUGAAGUAAAUUCAUGGGCUGAAAAGGAGACAAGUGGGCUUAUCAAAGAGGUUCUUCCUCCAGGAUCAGUUGACAGCACGGCCAGACUCAUCUUUGCAAAUGCACUCUAUUUUAAGGGAGCCUGGAAUGAGAAGUUUGAUGCAUCCAAAACUAAAGAUUAUGACUUCUACCUUAAGGAUGGAAGCUCAGUACAUGUCCCCUUCAUGACCAGCAAGAAAAAGCAAUUUGUUAGUGCUUAUGGUGGUUUCAAAGUCCUUGGGCUUCCUUAUAAACAAGGUGAAGACAAGAGGCGUUUCUCCAUGUAUUUCUUUCUACCAGAUGCAAGGGAUGGGCUUCCAGCUUUGGUAGAGAAGGUGGGCUCAGAACCUGGCUUCUUAGAUCACUAUCUCCCAUCUGAAGCAGUUGAACUGGGUGAAUUCAGGAUUCCGAGGUUCAAGAUUUCGUUCGGAUUUGAAGCAUCAAAAGUUUUAAAAGGUUUAGGACUGGUGUUGCCUUUCUCUGGUGAAGGUGGUCUAACUGAAAUGGUGGAUUCACCCCAGGGACAGAACCUCUAUGUCUCCAGUAUCUUCCACAAGUCCUUUAUUGAAGUAAAUGAAGAAGGUACUGAAGCUGCUGCUGCUUCUGCUGGUGUGAUAGCUCUUAGAUCCCUGCAGUUUCCAACUAAUGUGAUCGACUUUGUGGCCGACCACCCAUUCGUGUACCUGAUCAGAGAAGAUAUGACUGGAGUUGUGCUAUUCAUAGGGUAUGUCUUGAAUCCCUUGCUGGCUUCUUAAGGCCAGCCAAACAAGCUGUAGAAUGUGUAUGACCAAAUGCAAUACAGAUGACUUUCGGUUUCUGCCUUUAUUAGUGAUGGUGCUAGUUCUCU